AUGGCAACCACUGUCAUGAGUUCACUAAACCUCAAACCCUCUCCCUUUUCCGUCGAGAGAACCGCCGUGCGCGGCCUCCCGUCUCUCGCAAGAACCUCCUCUUUGAGAGUCGAGGCAAGUGGCAAGAAGAUCAAGACCGAUAAGCCUUAUGGAAUUAGUGGAGGCAUGGCCUUGAGGGAUGGUCUGGAUGCCUCGGGCAGGAAGGGUAAGGGAAAGGGCGUUUACCAAUUUGUUGACAAGUAUGGUGCUAAUGUGGAUGGAUACAGUCCCAUUUACGACACAAAUGACUGGUCCCCAAGUGGUGAUGUUUAUGUUGGGGGAACUACAGGUUUAGCCAUCUGGGCAGUGACCCUAGUUGGCAUUCUUGCUGGAGGUGCUCUUCUUGUUUACAGCACAAGUGCUCUGUCUCAGUAA